UUUAUUGAUCGAAUUAUGGGGUUGGUCGAGGCUCUAAAGGCUGACAAGCAACCUAAGAUUAGUGUGGUAUCAUGAUUGUCACGAUACAUGACUCCGUUCCGUGAAUUCCGUGAAUUAUUGUGCGCGAUGAAGAAACUACUGACAUUUCGAUGGUUUAAAAAAACAGCCACGCGGUCGGACAGGGACGUACAGUCCACGUCGCCGAUGCCACAAGACGGCCCCAAUGAAUAUUAUCGAAAUUUAUUACAACAAUUUGCGAAUCACUGCCAGACGUCCAACGGAGAGACUACCGAUCCGGACUGGGUCGUCUAUCUGCCCAAGGAGCAGAACGCCGAGCAGUCCUCUGAGAAGGACAAUCGAAGGCCGCGGAAGCACGCACAGUUCGUCGCGGGUGUACCGCACGUGGGUGCUUCUGAAAUAUUCGAGAUCGAAUGUAUUGCUGGCACGGAGAACAAGUGUCUCGAGCUGAUUUCUGCAGAAUGGCACAAUACGAGAGUGACGCUGAAGAGACACGUUUUAUCAACGUGCCGGGAUGCGAUAAAAGCGGACGUGGAGAUCCUUAGCGAAAUUCGGCAUCCCAACAUACUGCUGCUGAUGGCCACAACGUACACAAACGAGCACGGCCUCGUCUCCAUCUUCGAACCCAUCGACUGCUCAUUGUACAGUUACAUGCACGAGCAAGGCGAACGAAUAAACGUACAAGGAAUCAUGCAAAUUGGCAUGAAAUUGGCGAACGCAUUAAAGUACUGUCAUAUGCGUGGUUACAUACACACGGCGAUUAGCUCGCACUGUGUUUAUUUUGCAUCCGACACGACUGUUAAACUUGGCGGAUGGGAACUGGCUAGAGAAAUAGAAAAAGCUCAUAUAGAACGCGAUUACGAAAAAUAUUUACGACUAGAGAAUUUCAAGUGGCAAGCACCGGCGAUAUGUUACGGGCUAUCUCCCAAUAAAAAAAUCGAUGUUUACUGUUUGAUGCUGUUACUCUGGGAAAUGUGUACAGGAAGUGUACCGUGGAGCGGAUACGAUCAAUCAAAUGCAGAUCGGCAGCACAUGAUGCGAAAACGAGAUAUUAUUAUAAACUUGCAGAACGUUCCGUCGAUCCUCCGUAGCUUAUUAGAGGCUGGACUGCACCCUGACGAGACGAAGAUAAUGUUGGACAUGGAAAAAAUAGGAAGAAAACUUCAUAGGCUGCUGAUGAUAUACGAGGAAGAAGAGAAAAAUGACACGUUUAUAAAUGAAAAUGGAAAUAAUAUUAAUAAUCAUAAUGACCUUUUGUACAAUGAUACAUUGUAUCAAAAGACUUCUUCUGCGACACUUACACAAAGUAAGUCGUCGAUAAAGAAACCAUUUAUCGGACAAUCGUCUGCAAUGGAGCCUACGAUGGAGAAAAAAUCCACAUCCAAUCAACUUCUCAAAUAUAAGAAGGAGCAAUGCAAUGGGGACUUGGACUCUAAAAGCAUUAUCAAAAGUCCGACUGCGUCUAUAAUCAGUGAUAAUAUCGUGAGUCCCGUGAUUAAAGAAAAGACUACUUGUACUCGUUGUGCAGAAAUUUCAAAUAUAGUGCAAGACCUCGAUGAGGGAAAUAAUGCACGAGCUAAUAUAAAACGAUUGAAAAAACUGAUAGCUAGUAAGAGGGAAGAUUUCUUCUUUGGCAGCGACUCAACGUCCUUUUCGUAUUCAACCUCAAGUCCAAAAGCCACGAGCUCAUUAUUGUCGCAAGAAAAAAGUCCCGACUAUAUACCAUGUAAACCAGCUAGUCAUACAACCGCUAUAGAGCCUAAAUACAAUAGAUCACCCAGUGAAUAUGGUGGAGCUAUUUCAAAAUUGUUGUAUUAUACACCAAAGCGAAAGUCACCAUACACGGGCAUGCCUUCCAGUAUUAAACAUGCAAUAAUGCAACCGCAGGUUUUGCAUUCCGAUACCAAAAGCUUUUACGAAUCAACAUUGUGGAGGAAAGAAAAAGAAAUUUGCUUAUCACGAAUGGGACGCAACAGUAAAGAGUACAAUGAUUUUUCACUAUCGCAACAAAUAGUUUGUAACACUUCUAUCACUGAUGAUGAUAAAGUACAAUAUUCCACACCACGUGUAAAAAAUGCUGAUGAUACAUAUACAAUUGCGGAAAAAGGUAAUUGUACUGAAGAUAACAAAGAGUCACUAAAAGACACGAGUAGCGGCGUGUCCACGAAGCUUUCGACUCCAAAUCAAUCUAUACAAAACCUGAAGGAUGCCCUCGACCGUGCUACGGAAAUAGUACGCUCGACAACACCUUCCAAAAUUUACAAUUCCAAGCCCGACCUAACUGAUAUACAAGAAUGCGAGGCUGCAUUCGAGGACAUGUACGGAAUGAAAUAUAACGACAACGAAGAGAUCGAAGUUAUCGAAAGAUCGACAGCUGGCAACGGAGAUUUUCUGGGGAUGGACGAAGUUGAAAGUGUAAAAGCUAAUAACGAAACUGCCGCGAAACAGGAACGAAUAUUCAAUCAAGCUUUUAUAAGUAGCCAAAGCCUCAGCUCCACGACUACGAAAACGUCAAUCGAGUCCGAAGCAUCAGCGCAGAAUCAACAGUCAAUGAGGUCGAGAGAAGUGGAUCAGAAUAAAAUACCUUUUACAAAUAGGAUUACAUCAACCUCCCAAAAAAAUAGAGACAUUAGAGCAGACGAAAGAGAUUAUGUUAAUUUACGUUCUAUAAACAGUGUCGUAAUGAAAGAUUCACCAAGAAGACGUUCUCUACCCGCAAGACUGAAUAAUUUGGCUAUGACGCAUAACCCAAGGAUUCUUUUAAAUAAAAAAAACAUACAAGGCAGCCAAUAUACGAUCGAGGACAUAUAUAUCGACGAUGAAUUCGGAAGUAACUUAAAUUACAAUCUAAUCCUCUUAAAUGACGAUAUUCUAAGCGACGAUGAAAGUCUACCUCAGACCACCGAACUAUAAACCUGCGUUGAACUCCAACGUUCAAUUGUUCACACCUUUGUGAAAAAAAAGGCGUUGUUCUUUAUAAAUAAUUUAUUUUUAUUUAUUCUGUUUUGACGGCAAAAUUCUAUGCUUUUAUUCUAUCGCCAUUCUGACGACAUGAUUAAUGCAAAUAAUAUCUAAUUUAACAAUA